GAGAGAGUUACUACACAUGUGCACCAAUGUCAAGUUGGUUGUUUAUGUAAUUUAGUUCGGGACAUCAUGUUGGGAAUUCGGUUGUUAGCACAGAUACCCAGGUGUGCCUGUCAAAAUGCAAUAAAAAUUGGGUUCAAGAUCAACAAACACAAAAGUCAGAAUCUACUGAGCGGCCAAAUUCUACAGAGAAUUCCAUCACAUCUUCCUGUUGUCAGCUGUUCAAGUAAUAUAAUCAAGACAGAAGAACAAGUACCAAAUGCAGAUACAGAGGAGUUUCAUAACAUUUCAUUUUUCAGGAAAGUCAAACAUGCUUUUGGAUUUGACAGAGAUUUAAAAGUACCAUAUAAGCAUAUAGAAUUAGCAGCAUAUAGAAUCUGGUUGUGUAUAUCCGACCAUACAGAUCAUGGUCAGUUUAUUGAAGCUCUCGGUCUACCUGAUACAUUUAAUACCUGGUUCCUAGUAAAUGAGCUACAUAUUUGGAUCAUUCUUACACGGCUGAAUUUUGAAGGAGUAGAAGGCAGAUACUUCAGAAAUGUCCUUAUCACUAUGAUGUGGAAAAGUACAGAAACUCGAAUGAAGGAAAUGGAGACUGUGACCUUCAGCGAAAGAAAAGAGUAUUCUGAACAAAUGAAGCACCACCUACAAAAUGCCUUCCUGUUUUAUGACGAGGGACUGCUAUCAGAUGACAAAGCCCUUGCCAAUGCCCUUUGGAACAUAUUGUUUGAACGAAAUGAUGUCACUGCAUCUCAAAUGGAACUCAUCGUACACUAUGUAAGGAGAGAGGUGUUUCGUGUCGACCAGAUUGACAGCAAGGCAUUACUAUCAAAGGGCUUUGUUCCAUUUGGGACUCUGUAUGGAGAAAGAAAAAAUGAAGAAAAGAAGAAAAUUGCUUUAAACAUUCUUAAUGUUGAGUUUGUGCCAAAGUGAUUGACAAAAAGAGAAUCUAUAGUGAUAUUUUUUUCAGAUUGUGUUUAAAAAAACUUUCCUCAGAUUGCUAUUUAUUAUUUCCUGUGAACUAUCUACACACAUAUGUACCUUCAUUUAGAACAGACUUGAACUUUUCAAAAAGUCCAAAGGAGCAUCAAAAUGAUGAAAUGACAUUCAACAGUUGUCUUCCUCCUGAGCUGUACAGUGCUCAAGUGUACCUAUAUAUGUAAGAAUAUGUUUUCCUAAAAGGAAAAUGCAUUACCUACUACUCUGUGCAAGUGAGGAAAUUAAAAUUACAUAUUUAGAAUGUGUCCAAAUUGCAUUUUAUAUUAGGAACAGAAUUUUUUUGUUUUGUUUUGUUGAAAUACAUAAAAAUACAAUUACCGGUUAUGUUAUAUUUUCCUUUUUGCUUAAAAACUAUUGAUGGUUUUUCUCAUUGUCUCUUCAACUGUUCUGCAUCAUUAAACAACAAAAGACCUUUUUUCACAAACAAUAGAAUUUUAUCCACAAAUCAAUUUGACCAAAACCAGAUGUUAUUUGUAGCACCUUUAGAGUGAACACUUGAGAUAGGUUUUUAACAUUCAAAUACAAUGUUAUUGAUA